UAGAACAAAUACAAAACGCCCAUUCGCCUCCACUCGCCGCUAUUUCUGUGACCUGCAAGCAGCUUGUCCUACUUUGACACGAGUUGGUAACGAAACUCACGGUGGCUCAAUUUCCCUCCACAGCGGUUAUCUGCUUGUCUCAGGUAAGAUGGCGACCUCACAGAAGUUAACAGAACACUUCCUGACAUGCACGAUAUGUACAGAGGUGUUUGACAAGCCCUGUACACUUGUAUGUAAUCACACCUUCUGUCGGAAAUGUGUCGUCAACUACACCCAAACCAGACCAGAAGCCACCAGUGCCAAGUCUCUCCUGUGUCCAUUCUGCAGCAAGAUGACGAAAGUGUCUGCCCCUGAGAGACCAGUGGAGGAGUGGGCGGAUGACGUCAAGCCCAGCUUUGUCAUCCAGGGACUCUUGGACUCGUUUGGCCCCGGAUCUAAAGAUACGACUCACUGUAGUUAUUGCAAGGAGGAAGGGGAGACAACUCCAGCUACAUCUUGGUGCUCUGUUUGUGACGACGCACUCUGUGAACGAUGUAUUCGAGUACACAGACGAAUUCCAUCUUCCCGACACCAUGACGUAGUUGACCUGUCUGGAGAGACAAAGGUGAAGGUCAAGAGAAAGGUCAUGUGUAAAGUUCACAAAGAUGAAAAUAUCAAAUAUAUUUGUAAAGAUUGUCAAACAGCUGUUUGUCAAACAUGCUGCAUUAUUCAUCACAGGAAAUGUGACUUGGUUGUUGAAAUUGAGUCUGAGAUUCCUGCAAUGAAAACCGAGCUGAGAAAGAAUAAAGAGGAUUUGUUGAAGAAAUACAACGAGAUGAAAACACAUGUAAGAACACAAACCUCCAAAGUCGAUGACGCAUUAACGCUUUACUUACAAAUAGAAUCGAAUAUCAAGUCUUCAAGUCUCAAAGCAAUAGAGAUGAUCAAAGUCAAGGAACGGAAACUUUUGGCUGAACUGAAAGAAAUGUCUGACAAACACAUUGGAGAACUGAAGGCAGACAUAAAGUCAGGUGAGAUGUCAGUACAGAUGUACCAACAACAGGCUGAGCUGAUAGACCAGACUCUACAAUCUGAGUGUGACAUGGGUGUGUAUGAGAUGUACCAGGGAUGUGAGGCCGGUGAUGUGGAGGCUGUCGGAGUCACAGACGUGAAGGAGAAGGGAAGAAUAGCCAGGAUCAUGUUCAGACGGGACACGGACAAGCUGAGUAGAGCACUGGACGAUCUACAGCUGGGUGAGAUAGACGUCCUGUAUGAGGAUGUGCUGGACCUGAAGGCGACUCCUGUGUUACAGGACACCAUUAACGUGCUGGACCUGAAGGCUACUCCUGUGUUACAGGACACCAUUAACGUCAGAGAAGCAGGAGAUACAUACCCCUAUGACAUGACGAUGUUAGUGGUGAAUGGUACAGACACAGUGGUAGUCACAGACUAUAACAACAACAGUGUGAAGUCCUUCUACACCAGGAACAAGCAGCCAUGUCACAGCAGGCUCAGUCUGGGUGGUCCUCCGUGGGGUAUAACAAUGUUGAAGGACAACCAGGUGGCUGUCACUGUGCAAGGUACGAGACAGAUUGUAACAGUACAAGUCAACCCUGACCUGGUGCUGCUGUCAGCCAUCCCAACCAGCAAACAGUACCGGGGUAUCACGUCUCUGACACUAUCAACACUAGCAGCAAGUUCCAGCCUCCCUCCCUGUGUUGAUAUCCUGGAUAUGGCGGGACACGUGCUGAAGUCAAUUUGUCCAGGACAACCUAGUAGAUGCAUCUUGAAGAAUCCCCUCUACCUCUGUACCACGAGGACAGGAAACAUCCUGGUGUCUGACUGGGGAUCCAGGUGUGUCGUGUGUCUGACUCCCGAGGGAGAUGUGGUGUUCACCUACAGCCCUAGAGGAGACACAUCACUGAUGUUUCCACUUGGUAUCACCAGCACCAGCGCAGGCGACAUUCUGGUGACAGACUACCAACUACACAGAGUCCUCCAUCUGACUGAGUCAGGACAGUUUGUUAGAAACAUGCUGACAUCACAGGAUGGUGUCCAGAAUCCACGUGGAGUGUGUGUUUGUGGGCGUGGCCGCAUGUACGUGUGUACACCAGAUGGAGUGAAGGUAUUUACAUGUAAGUGAGUGAACAUGUCACAAGUCUCCUCUCAAUAAACUAUAGUCACGUCUUUGUUGGGGGAUUUAUGUGCAGUGAUAUGUGUCAUUGUGUAUUUAACUGUAAGCACAUUUCACUGUAUUUGGUAAAAUCACAUUCUACAUUUGCGUUGAAUGAAUUGUGAAUGAAGAUUUAACUUGUGUAAACAUUUUAUGUGUUAUCUGAGUAGCAAGACAUGGCUCUUCGAGUAAUGCUCUUAUCACUAAACUCCGAUUGCUCUCCCGUUCCUGCAGUGAGGACGUGUUACAUUCACUUGGCCGUUGAUCGGUCUAAGGGAGAUAAAUCGUGAUGCAAUGUUUUUUGAAGCGCCAUCAAAUGCAGUGAACGAAUGCACUUGAAGCUAUGAACAUUCUACCACAGAGUGUGCCGUUUAUGUGUGUUACAAAUAAAUGAAUCCACUGUAAUUCUACGUUGGUCAACGCUGCAAUAUUCAAGCUACAUGUAUGACGGUAAUUACUCGAGUAUGGACGCAAGAAACCAUUGAUUGACAUCACGAGCAACAUCCAAGUCGUUGGGUCACGAUGACACUGAAUCAACCAAGUGACGGGGUCUGACCAUCGCAUCCAUUUGGUCGCCCCGAACGACAAGCACAGGGUGCCGAGGACCUAUACUGACCCGGAAUUACAGCGGGGAGACCUUGAAUAGGCUGCUUGUUGUUUUCCGCCGCACUCCACAACAUUCCAGCUAUGACCAGACAAACCUAUGAUUGAUAGUAAGAACAGCGUCCCACGUUUAUUAAGGAUGUUUUUAGAAACUAGUUUGAAGUAUUUUGGGUAUUGAAACAAGAACAUGGACAUUUGCCUCUUUGUUCAACGCCUAAUGCAGCUCUGCCAAGAAUGGGUUUACACGAACACCCUAGAAGUAUAUCAACACAUUCCGUGGGGAUUCCAGGUCACUCCGGGCCAGACACGGUUACGUGGAUGAACCUUUCUACAUUUUUAGGU